AUGCUUCUUGAUGCACUGUUCACCCUCUUCGCGGGGUCUACCCUGAUUUCCCAAGUGUCCGGCGCCCCGACGCUCCAGUCACGGUCGACUCCUGAUCCCUCUAUCUUCCCGGAACUUCAGCGAGCGGCGCAGCUUUCGUCUGCAACGUAUACCGACUGCAAUGGGACUGCUUUUGAUGUUACAAUCACCAAGAAGAUUGAUGAGGCAUCGACGGAUACUCAGGGAUAUGUGGGAUACUCCGAAUCCAAGAAGAGGAUUUCCGUAGUGAUGAAGGGAUCAACGACCACUGCGGAUUACCUGAACGACAUCGACCUCCUCCUUGUCGUCCCCGAACUGUCUGGUGUGACCUUUCCAGAAGAUGCAAAGAUCAUGCAGGGCAUAUCCAAGACCUGGGGUUCUGUCCACGACGAGGUAGUCUCAGAGGUCACCUCUCUUGUAGAGAAAUACCCAGAGUAUAGCCUCGAAGCCACCGGGCAUUCUCUUGGCGGCUCUCUCACCUACAUCUCCUAUGUUGCUCUGUCCCAGGUAUUCCCGGAGAAGGAGAUCAUUGGAAAUGCGAUUGCUGCCUAUCCUAUUGGCAACCAGGAGUUUGCGGACUUUGGUAGCUCGCAGAAUGGCACGUUGAAUCGUGGGAAUAAUGCCGAUGACGGUGUUCCUAAUUUGUUUGUGACAAUUCCCGGUUUCAAGCAUUAUGGAACGGAAUACUAUAGUUCUGGGACCCAAGACUCAUGCGUCGAGUGCGAAGGAGAACGCGACGAAUCUUGCUCAGCUGGUAAUGGGAAGGUCGGUAUAACUGAUGAGCAUAGUUAUAGCUUUGGUAUUCACAUGGCGGAAGCCGGAUGCGGGGUAUAG